AGCCUUAACACAUAAUUUCACAUAAUUUCCAAUUUCUGGAUAGAAUAGAAUCGAAUCGUGAAAUUAUUAUUGAAAGUUAUAAAUGAGAGAUAUAACGUUUUUCGAUUACGAACCUUGAGUUAUUUGCCAGCAAACGAUUACUCUAUCCUAUUGCAGCUUUAUUGUAAGUAAUGUAAUGGACAAUUAGUUCGCGUGUGAUGAAUAAAUAUGGCUCAUCGAAUUCUCCGAGGAAUUCCCGCAAUGAUGAUAAGUCAUUCGCCGAAAAUAACGCAAAACUUCGAGUAUCUUCUUGUAAUGGAUUUUGAAGCCACAUGCGAGAAACAUCAACCUCUCAAACCACAGGAGAUCAUAGAGUUACCAUGUGCAGUAUUGUCUACUCGUGAUUGGAAAUUAAAAGACGUUUUCCACGAAUAUAUCAAGCCCAGGGUCCAUCCUAUACUCACACCAUUUUGCACAGAACUAACAGGAAUUAUUCAAGAUAUAGUGGAUAAUCAGCCUUACUUCCCAGAUGUAUUCUCAAACUUCUGUGAGUGGUUAACAAAGGGAGGAUAUUUUGAUGAAUCUAACAAAAGCACAUUUGUAACAUGCGGUAAUUGGGAUCUGAAAGUUAUGCUACCAAGUCAAUGCAAAUUGGAUGGCAUCACAUUACCGGAUCAAUUUAAGCAAUGGAUAGAUUUGAAGCAUACGUUUAGUGAAUUUUCUAUGUAUUAUCCUAGAAGUUUGCCAGAUAUGCUUACACGAUUAAAUAUCCCACUGCAAGGACGUUUACAUUCAGGCAUUGAUGAUGUAAAGAAUAUGGUUGCUAUAAUACAAACUUUACAAGAGAAGUACAAUGUACAAUUUAAAAUUACUUCAUCGUCCACAACUUCCAUAUUAAAUUUAAAAAAUUACAAAGGAAAUAUGGUAAGGAGAAAAGUGUAAAAAGAUAUG